CCAAACACCACCAGAGAAGGGGUGGAUUGUGGAUGGGUUUCCCAUGACAAUUAAUCAGGCAAAGCUAUUUGAAAAAGCCUACACAGGAAUUGAUCCAGAAGCGAAAGAUGCAAACUGUGGAAAGCUUUCACUUGUUACAGAUACCAGAGCCCCUAACAAGCCUCCUGUUGCCUCACCUGCAUUUGAUAUUUCUGUGUUGUUGGAUAUUUCAGACACUGUGGUACUGAAACGUGUGGCUAACUUCAAGUCAGAUAAAUCAAAGUCAUCUCACACUGAAGAGGAGAACAACAAUCAAAAUUCAGAUGCUGAAGUCCUAGAAGAGAAGAUUGACAUAGCCAAGGACCAGGCACUACAUAGAAUUUCAGGCUUUCUAGACACAUGGCCAAAAUUAGAGAAAUGGUUUUCAGUCCAUCAAAAUAUUCUCGUUAAAGUCAAUGCAGAGAGAGAAGAAAGUCUUGUGUGUGAAACAGUGAAGGAAAUUAUAAUGGAAGAAAUUGCCAAAAAACAGAAUAGAAGGUCUGCUCAAGAAAUAUCACCAGGAAAAAAGCUUUUACCAGUUACACCUCAAGAUCCGCUUCCUUCCAUGUCUGUGGCACCACCACCAGUUGAACCAGGAUCCGAUGAAUGGAUUUAUGUAGAUGAACCACUUCCCCAGGAGGUACCUGGUUUUUUAGUACCUUACUGGGAAAUGGUAGAAAACACAUAUGUGCAUACCAUCAAAACUAUACUUAGAUGUCUAAGGGAUGAACAGCACUCUGUGAUUUAUUACUCAGCAGAUGUUAGAAAAAAAUUUCAAGAUUAUUUGAAGCGUCCAGAUCUUAAGCAAGGGUUUGUAUCUCAGUGGCAAUCAGAUUUUAAUUCAGUUGCUGAUGACCUGCGAGAAGAUGAGGAAACAAAAGCAGAACUACACCAAAGAGUUACUGACCUAAGAGAUCUUCUCUGGGAUAUUUGCGAUAACAGAAGGGAAGAAGCAGAGCAGGAACAUACUGAUAUUAUGAAUGAUGGCUGGUUACCAGAUCACAGGGGGAUUGCAAUGAACCAUUUCUUUUCACUUAUGCAGGUUGAAGUGGAUCGUUUCCAAGAUACAAAGAGACUUCUUCGUGACUAUUACAGGGCAAUGGAAGGAAAAAUGCCAGCAGAUGAUGGUCAGGAUUUUACUAGAAUCCCAUUGUUGGAUAUUAUUGAUGUAGAGAAGGAUGAAGAUCAAAAAAAAUCAAGAAGUAUUCCCCUAGUUUCUUGGAAGGUGCCUUCACCAGAAGUAAAUAUUAUCAAGUCAAAAAUCAAGGGGACUCUACAGAAGAGCACUAAGGAUGAGAAUUCUGAAAAUGGACUGGCCACUUCUGGGAAAGAUGAAAAUCUUAUUGCUGAUACAUGGCAAACAGCUGUAACAGCAAUAUCAAAUAUGGUAACCAGUGAAAUACAGGCUAAAGAAAUGGAGGAAGAAAAAGAACGUCAGCAGCUAGAACGGAAAGAAGAUCUGAAAUCUUCACAGAUGCUGUCAGGCAAAGCUGCUGGGAAAGGCGCCAAAGAUGCCAAAAAGCUUUCUCCCAAAUCAGCUGCUAAAAAGAAAGGACCACGUUCUACUGCAUCUGUGGUUGAAGUCAGUCCAGUUCCUAUAACACCAGAAGAAUUAAAGAAACAAGAACUCACACGUAAAAUAAAGCAAGAAUAUGUCAGUGCCUUGAAACAUGAGGAGAUAGCCACAAAGUCUCAACUAGAACUUAUAAAAGAAAAAGCUUUAGCAUUUGUUGAAGAGCUGACAAUGAAAGCAGAAGAGGCUUAUAAGGAUAUGGAAAAGUGGCUUGGAUCCAGGUUCUUGGCAGAAAUGUCCAGUGUUGAAAAGCUGGUUGAGGUUGCACGACACCAUAUUGAGAGUUCUAGCAAAAUCCAAUAUGAAAUUACUUUAGAAGAAACAGAUUUCUUCAUCAACAGUGAUGUAAAAGUGAUUCCUGAUCCUGUUCCUUCACCACGUGUUCCACACAUAGAGACCUCUGGAAGUGGUACUCUAACUGUUUCACAACUUACUACACUUCAUAAGCAGUUUCUGCAGGUGGCACCUAAAGGUUUCAUACAAAAGAAAGUGUGUAUUGACAUUUUUACUGACUUGAUUAAUUUGAAUCUUGGAACAAAUUGCCUUGCUGAUGCAUGGAUGAACUUAACGCUUCCGGAUUUGCAAAAUCUGGCAUCUGCAUUCUCAGUGAACUCAGAGCUCACCGACUGGCGCAGACUCUUGCUGGGGGGCGGCGCAUCCGUCACACAGCUUCUCAAAACGCUACACAGCUUCAAGUCUGUCGACGUGGCUGGAUCGGGCCUUCUUACACAGGAAUGCUACAUGCAGGUUGGCUUAUGGUUUAGUGGAAAUGAAGAACUAAGCAUAACAGAAAGUUGCACAGAACUUUUGCCUUUAGAUAGGCUAAGACAUCUCAAAAAGUUUUUCUUCAUUUUAUUUGCUGAUACCAGAAAUUAUCCUGCUCUGCUCAACUAUACUGAGAUGCUACUUUAUUUUGCCUCCCACUCUGAUCCAGUUGAAGGUGUUUACAGGGCACUCAGCAUUGCUACUGGAACAUAUAUCCAUAGAAGAGAAGAAGCUUCUCUUCCAUGUGCG